AUGGAACUCGAUCGAUUUGCCACUCAUGUCGACAUAGAAUCGAUGCUGCAAUUAAUCAAAGCCUCACCUACUCCUGCCCCACCAGCUGCUGUUGUAAAUGUGCAAGGAGUUAGACGCGAUUCUAAUACGGCCCGGCGAUGUUUAAUUGACAACUGCAACUACGGUUCUCUGCGUCAAGUGCCUAAUUCGGUGAAGGUGCAACUCCUCAGUUAUUACUAUUUUUAUGUACCAAAUCAUGCCUGCAUUUGCCAAUGGCAUUUAAUACACAUGGCGAUAGAAGAGAUUCCCGAAAAUAUAAUAAAUCAAAUGACCGACUUGAAUGCGGAGAGUGUUGGCGACAUCAUCAAUUUGUAUACACAAGCUUUAGAACAAAGGUCAAACUUUAAUGUAGAUGACGUUUCUGAUGAGGGAGCUUUUGGACUGGAAGAAACAGAGCCACACUCAACGAUUUGCUGA